AUGUCCCAAACUCCGGUCUUCGUUAUGAACACGGCGCCUGCAAGGCAGUCAGGUCGCAAAGCCCAGAUCUCGAAUAUAACUGCCGCCAAAACUGUUGCAGAUGUCAUUAGGACGUGUCUGGGGCCUAAGGCCAUGUUGAAGAUGAUUCUCGAUCCGAUGGGGGGUAUACUACUGACCAACGAUGGGAAUGCUAUCCUACGCGAAAUCGACGUCGCACAUCCAGCAGCAAAGAACAUGAUAGAGCUGAGUCGGACGCAAGACGAGGAAUGCGGUGAUGGGACGACGAGUGUGAUCAUCCUCGCGGGCGAAAUUCUGGCGCAGUCGUUGGCCCAACUGGAACGCGACAUCCACCCAGUAGUCAUCAUUUCCGCGUACAACAAGGCGCUUAACGAUGCACUCGAAAUCGUCAAGCAGAUAUCAGUGCCCAUCGACACCACCAACGACAAGGAAAUGCUCGCGCUUAUAAAAACUUCAAUCGGCACAAAAUUCGUGAUGCGCUGGUCGGACCUUAUGUGCAAACUGGCCCUCGAUGCGGUCAGGACUGUGGCUCAGGACGACAACGGGUUGAAAACAGUGGACAUCAAGCGGUAUGCACGCGUCGAAAAAGUGCCUGGAGGCGAAAUCGAGCAGAGUCAGGUCCUCAGUGGGGUGAUGCUCAACAAGGACAUUACACAUCCCCAAAUGCGGCGAAGGAUCGCGAACCCGCGUGUCAUCUUGCUCGACUGCCCACUCGAGUACAAGAAGGGAGAGAGCCAAACGAACAUGGAAUUCUCCAAGGAGGUCGACUUUGGCCGUGCUCAAGAGAUAGAGGAGGAGCAGGUCAAAUCACUGGUGUUGCGGAUACUGGAAUUCAAGCCUGACUUGGUCAUCACUGAGAAGGGCAUUUCAGACACCGCGCAGCACAUUCUGGUUAAACAUAACGUCUCUGCCCUCCGACGAGUAAGAAAGUCGGACAACAACCGCAUCGCUCUUGCUGUCGGCGCGACUAUAGUUAACCGGGUUGAAGACUUGCGUGAAUCUGAUGUUGGCACAAAAUGUGGUCUCUUUAAUAUCGACAAAAUUGGGGACGAAUACUUUGCCUUCCUGACGGAAUGUAGGUCGCCCAAAGCAUGUACCAUUCUCUUGCGCGGUCCCUCCAAAGACAUCUUGAACGAGAUUGACCGGAAUCUGGCCGAUGCCAUGAGUGUGGCAAGAAAUGUCGUGUUCAACCCAUUCCUUGUGCCGGGCGGUGGGGCCACGGAGAUGGCGAUCAGUGUCGGUUUGCAGGCCAAGGCAAAGAGUAUUGUGGGCGUGGAAGGCUGGCCAUAUCGAGCUGUAGCGGACGCCAUGCAGGUUAUUCCGCGGACUCUGGCUGAGAACAGCGGCGCCAGUGUCAUACGGAUACUCACAGAACUACGGGUCAGUAGUAGACAUGAAGACACUCGGGUUGUACGAAUCAGCGAGCGUAAAGGUUGGUGUUGCUUUUCCCUCCUCGAUGUUGUACUUAUUCCUCUAUUGAUCCAAACAUUUAAAACCGCUGUGGAAGCGGCGCGCAUGCUCCUCCGAGUCGACGAUGUUGUCCAAGCUGUUAGGAAAGACCGGGAACAAGGAGGUGGACCAACACCGGAGGAGAUGAUGGAAGCACAAUAG